AUGGUGGUAGACCCAUGGGCUCUCCUGGGGGUGGCCCUGGCCGUGGGUGAGGAUGGGCGCCAGCGGGAGCCGGACACGAAGCCGCACCGGCUGCUCAUCGACUUCAGAGAUGUGGUGUGCAGUGAGGACCCCUGGGAGCACAAGGAAUACAUGGCCAGGGUAGGGGUGGGCCGCCUGGUCACCCACCCUGCUGUCAAGCUCACCCUGUGCGUGCUCAUCGUCAUCAAUGAGGUGUUGAUCGCCAGCCAGACCCCCACGACGCUGCCCUGGGGCUUCCAGUUUUGGCUGAGCUAUAUCACAGACAGCGUCGUGCUGGUGGCCCUGGUCACUGAGGUCCUGCUCAACUGGCUCAGAGAUGGCUGGAACACCUUCAACUUCUUCCUCAUGGUCUGCCUCAUGGUGGGGCCCCUGAUCCCCAAGCUGAAUGUCCAGAAGAUUUUCCAGAUCCCGAGGCUGAUGAGGCUGCUGCAGGUCCGCAGGCUGGUCGAGGGGCUGGCCAGGGUGCUUCAGGCCAUCCUCAAGGUCAUCCCCGACCUCUGCAACAUCAGGUUCAUCCUCUUUAUCUCCAUGCUGAUCUUCUCGGCGCUGGGCAUCAUCCUGUUUGGCAAGGCUGUCCCGGCCCAUUUUGGUGACGUGGGGAAGGCCCCGUACUCGUUCUUCACCUGCAUCACGCUGGACGGCUGGCUGGACAUCUACGAGGCCUUCCAGGAAGAAGGGCAGACCCUGAAGAUGAUGGCGGCCAUUUACUUCAUCAUCUUCGUCACGAGUGAGGCCUUCAUCUGCGACAACCUGCUGGUGGCCAUGCUGGACGGCGGAGAAGCCAACACGGACCCUCAGCUCAGCCCGAAGGUGAUGGGGGACAGGGUCUCCAUGUACAUCUCCCAGGGCCUGUUCACCUACAGCAGGUUGGGCACGCUGAGCGAGGAGAUCUCGCAUGAAGUCCAGCGCCUCUUGGAAAGCAGCAAGGAGAGCAUCAGAGAGUACAAACAGAUCCGUGAGGAGCUCAACGUCGUAGUUGAGGAGGUGAGGGCCAUCGAGUUCAAUGUGGCGCAGGAGCACGAGCUGAUUCAGCGGGAGUUUCUCUACACCGCCUUCUUGGACAGCCCUUACCCCAGCGAGGUCACCUUGAUGAUGUGUGGGGACAUCAUCUCCACUUUGUCCAAACUGGAGGAGAAAGACUUGGUGCACCCCAAGAACACGUGGUGGGUGGCCGAUGGCCGGGACUGGGGACAGUGGGUGGUGGGUUGGGUGAGCUGCUGUGAGUGA